AGGAUGAGGACCAGCAGCCCAGCACUGGCCUUACAUCACCAGGAUGAGGACCAGCAGCCCAGCAUUGGCUUCAGAUCACACUGGGGAUCUCAGGAUGAGGACCAGCAGCCCAGCACUGGCCUUACAUCACACUGGGGAUGGAUCUCAGGAUGAGGACCAGCAGCCCAGCACUGGCCUCAGAUCACACUGGGACUCACAGGAUGAGGACCAGCAGCCCAGCACUGGCCUUACAUCACACUGGGACUCACAGGAUGAGGACCAGCAGCCCAGCACUGGCCUUACAUCACACUGAGGAUCUCAGGAUGAGGACCAGCAGCCCAGCACUGGCCUUACAUCACAGUGGGACCCUCAGGAUGAGGACCAGCAGCCCAGCACUGGCCUCAGAUCACAGUGGGACUCACAGGAUGAGGACAGCAGCCCAGCACUGGCCUCAGAUCACACUGGGACCCUCAGGAUGAGGACCAGCAGCCCAGCACUGGCCUUACAUCACACUGGGACUCAGAGGAUGAGGAUCAGCAGCCCAGAACUGGCCUUACAUCACACUGGGACCCUCAGGAUGAGGACCAGCAGCCCAGCACUGGCCUUACACAACACUGGGGAUCUCAGGAUGAGGACCAGCAGCCCAGCACUGGCCUUACAUCACACCGUGACCCUCAGGAUGAGGACCAGCAGCCCAGGACCGGCCCUAUUGUUGUGGCUGCUCACCUCCUUGCCGGUCAGGACGUGCCGGGCCAGUUUGACCUUGGCGAAGUUGCCCUUGCCGAUGGUUUUCAGCAGCCUGUAGUUGCCGAUGUGGGGCUGCUCGUCGGCGGAGGUGGCCGAGUUGCGGCCCCGCAGCAUGUUGGGCUUCCCAGCUCCCUUCCCUUCCGCGUGGCCCAGCGCCGGCUGCGGGGGGACACAGAGGGGACACUCAGUUUACAGCCCCCCCCCCCCAGGAGGAGGAGAAGGAAGGAGAAGGGGGUGGAGAGGAGAGGGGGGGGGGUUUGGAGGCAGGCAGGGCUGGGAGCAAAGUCCGGGUGUGCCACACCGCGCCCCGGGCGGACCGGGAGCCGCCCCCGAUACCUGACGCAAGCGGGGUGGUUUCGGGCUCCCUAAGGACAGGGAGGAAGGGAUUUGCCCCACGCUGUCAGCUGUGGGGUUGUGGGGAAAUGGAGGGAGGGGUUCUGACCCGCAGGAGGGGGAAAACAGGGUGGGAUUUGGGGUUAAACGGAGACCUGCGCUGCGCGCAGCUCCGGAGCGGUGAUGCCAAAACUUUCAUGGCUGGCUCCAAAGCAGGGGUGGCUCCAAACCCCCACAUUCAGCCCCAAAUCCCCACAUCCAGCCCCAAAACGGGGAUGACUCCAAACCCCCACAUCCAGUCCCAAAUCUCCACAUCCAGCCCCAAAACAGGGAUGUCUCCAGACCCCCACAUCCAGCCCCAAAUCUCCACAUCCAGCCCCAAAAUGGGGAUGUCUCCAAAAACCCAAAACCAGCCCCAAAACUGGGAUGUCUCCAAAUCUCCACAUCCAGCCCCAAAACUGGGAUGUCUCCAAAAACCCAAAACCAGCCUGAAAUCCCCACAUCCAGCACCAAAACAGGGAUGUCUCCAAACCCCCACAUCCAGCCCCAAAAUAGGGAUGACUCCAAAUCCCCACAUCCAGACCCAAAUCUCCACAUCCAGCCCCAAAACAGGGAUGUCUCCAAAAACCCAAAACCAGCCCCAAAACUGGGAUGUCUCCAAAAAUCCAAAGCCAGCCCCAAAACUGGGAUGUCUCCAAAUCCCCACAUCCAGCCUGAAAUCCCCACAUUCAGCCCCAAAACAGGGAUGUCUCCAGACCCAAAUCUCCACAUCCAGCCCCAAAAUAGGGAUGACUCCAAACCCCCAAAUCCAGCCUGAAAUCCCCACAUUCAGCCCCAAAAUGGGGAUGUCUCCAAAUCUCAACAUCCAGCCCCAAAACGGCGAUGUCACCAGACCCCAACAUCCAGCCCCAAAUCCCCACAUCCAACACCAGAAUGGGGAUGUCUCCAAAUGAACAGGGAUGUCACCAAACUCCAAAUCCCCACAUCCAGCCCCAAAUCCCCACAUCCAGCCCCCAAAUCCCCACAUCCAGCCCCCAAAUGGGGAUAUCUCCAAGUAUACAGGGAUGUCUCCAAACCCCCACAUUCAGCCCCAAAACAGGAAUGUCUCCAAAAACCCAAAGCCAGCCCCAAAACUCCAUAUCCAGGCCCAAAACCAGGAUGUCUCCAAAAACCCACGUUCCAUCCCAAAACAGAAAUGUCUCCAAAAACCCAAAGCCAGCCCCAAAUCCCCACAUCCAGCCCCAAACCCCCAAAUCCAUCCCCAAAGCGCCCCAUGUACCCAAAUUCAGCCCCAAAGCCCUCAGCCCCAAACCCCGUGCUCCUCCCAGGCUCUAUUUCCACAUCCCACCCCCAAAUCCCCACUUUCUGCCCCCAAAUCCCCACUCCCUGCCCCCAAAUCCCCACUCCCUGCCCCCCAAAACAGCCUCUCCACAUCCCCACGCUCAGCCCCACAGCUCCCAAAGGAGCUGGCUGCUGCCCACCCCAAAUCCCAGCACCCCAUAUCAACACCCCCUUCCCCCCCAGAGAUGGAAAACCCCAAAACAGGGAUGUCUCCAAAACUCCACAUCCUGCCUCAAAACGGGGAUGUCUCCAAAAACCCAGAACCAGCCCCAAAACUCCAUAUCCAGCCCCAAAACCAGGAUGUCUCCAAAUCCCCACGUUCCGUCCCAAAACAGAAAUGUCUCCAAAAACCCAGAGCCACCCCCAAAUCCCCACAUCCAGCCCCAGAACAGGGAUGUCUCCAAACCCCCACGUCCCAUCCCAAAACAGGAAUGUCUCCAAAAACCCAAAGCCAGCCCCAAACCCCCACAUCCAUCCCCAAAGCGCCCCAUGUACCCAAAUUCAGCCCCAAAGCCCUCAGCCCCAAACCCUGUGCUCCUCCCAGGCUCUAUUUCCACAUCCCACCCCCAAAUCCCCACUUUCCGCCCCCAAAUCCCCACAUCCCGCCCCCAAAUCCCCACUUUCUGGCCCCAAAUCAGCCUCUCCACAUCCCCACAGCUCCCAAACGACAGCGCUGUGGGGCUGAAGACCACCUGGGGGUCCCCGUGGUGGUCCUACAAUACGCAUCGAUGGGCUGUAGGGCAGCCGCCCCCCCGACUGCAUCACCCCAAAGCAUCCAAGCCCGCACCCGCUUCGCUCAUUAGCACUUCUGCUUAA